AUGUUUCCGGGGUGCCCACAGCCAUGGUCUAAUCCGAGUUGGAGGAUUGAACCAAAGUAUUCAACCAGAGUGCUCAUUGGGAACUGGGCAGAAGAGAGAAGAAAGUUCAUCAAAACUUCAGAACCAAGUUUCCUGAGCACCUUCCAAAAGGACUUUGUCCCAUUCCCAGGUCACAAAGCAGAUACUAUAACAAGAUCAUAUUAUAUGAGAAGAACUGAGGGCCUGCCGUAUAAGCAUCUGAUGACCCACCAUGAGGAACGCAAACAUCGGAAUUUGAUCAGCUCCUAUGAUGACCAUUUCAGCAGGCAUGGCUACAAUCCUGCCUUGCCACCACUCCGUAGCUGGAAUGGGCAGAAACUGGUGUGGCUGCCAGAGAAGUCGGACUUUCCCCUUCUUGCUCCCCCCACCAACUAUGGCCUCUUUGAGAGUCUCAUGAAGAAAUGGCAUGAACCCAAGACUGAGUGGAUAAAUAGUGUUUACACCACGUCUUAUGUAAGACACCCUGUAUCUACUCGGUCCCGGCAUGAGCAAGCAAUCUCAGUUCCUCCUUCCCACCUACAGUGA